AUGGAAGCAGCCAAGAACAGCCAGAUUGGAGGUUGGAUUCUCGCAUUGACCGACUUUAAUUUGGCUAUUUCACAAGUACUGAAACAUUUUUCUCCAUUGGAUCGUAUUCAUCAGAGUGCGUUACAUCUAGAUGAUUUUGGAACACGUUUGAUCAACAGCAUCAUAGCUGCUAAUACUAAAGCCACUGUGGAUCCAGCAACAGUCACUGCAACUACAUCCACUGCAGAUGUGAAACGCCAAAAGAUAGCAUUGAUCCAGCGUGGUCCAGACGGAACAUUUUAUUUUUCAAAUGCUCAGCUAAAAGCAGUAACAAACGCUCUAGAAGGUGUAAAAUUGAACAAGGUGAAGAUUAUUCCCACUUCGGCUACGCCGCUCUCUGAUGUGCCUUGUCUAGGUCAGUCUUCAAAACUCGCCAUGAAAACUCGGGAUCAAAAGGCUAAAAAGAAAUCAAUUUUGGGGAUUCGUACUGCACCAGUCGAUUUCAAAGACUAUGGUGUCUUUUUCUCUUUUGCUCCCAUGUCAGAUUCAUCCAAGGCAUCCAUGUCCGCUGCUGAAUCAACACAGAUUAUCAAACCUGGUCGGCGUAUUGAAUGCACAUAUGAAGCUGCACCACUUGAUCCGCCUCCAUUGGACUCGCUUCCUGUUUUUAAUGGCGCCGAUUUAAAUUCCAAUGCAGCUGUACUCCCUACACUCAAUCCUUUAGAAGAGCUGAUUCUCACUGAUGAUGAGAUAUCUAGAUUAGAUGCACCUCAUCUGGCAGAUUUGAACAUGGAGGAUCUUACUAGAUUAUCACCUGAUAUUGAUUGGAAUACAAUCAUCUGUGCACUAAGUAAAGGUCAAGCGGAUGAUGCUGUUAUUAAUGACCAUACACCCACAGAACAAAUCUCUACUGCACAGCUACUUACAGAAAACGCUGAGCUGAUUCGAAAGUUGGCCGAUUUACAAAGUAUUCGAUAUCGAGACCAUAUUAAAGUGAUGCGUACCAAAGGCACAGCUGGAGCAGGGAAUAUGAAUCGUUUGGAACGUAGAUACGCUCAAGCACUUAAACGAAACCUACUUGUUCUUGCUAAACAGACAACCCCAUCAAAUCUUGCUACGCGUGAAAUGUUGGCUGAUGCCUGGUCAAUCGUUCAUUUAUAUGAUCCAGGAUUUUCUGGCACACUUCCUCAUCAUAAGCAGCAUGCCUAUGAAUCCAACCAAAUUGGUCGUGCAGCAUUUGCUGUGGAUGCGGCAUCCAUUCCUGUAACUCUUCAAAAAGACCAGUUUGCUCAUCAGCAACAACUCCAGCAAUAUCAUCAGCGCCAAUUUCAGAUCUUACAGCGUCAAGCACAACUGCAGCAAAUGCAACAGACUCCAACCAAUUCCAGAAACUCGCACGCAAAACUUGUCAAGCAACAGCUGUUGCAACAACAGCAACAGAUGCAACAGAUGGGACUCAUUGCUAUGGGACAGGGAAUGACUCCACAGCUAAAGCAACAACAACAAUUUCAACAGUCUCUUCAACAACAGCAGUUACAAUUAAUGAUGCAGGCACAGCAACAGUUUAUGCAGUCACCACAGAACCUGCAAGGACGCCAGGCACAAUUACAACUGCAGUUACAGGCUCAAGCCCAUGCAGCUGCAGCACGUCUGAAAACUCAGUAA